AUGGUGAUGAAUAACGAUAAAUUUUCCCCAGUUAGUGUAGAAAACAUAAAUGGGACAACCGAACCAACGACGGUCACGUAUAAUGAACUUGAACGCCUUCUGAUGAGUGGGAGUCUGGUACUGAUCAUGCUAGCGACUCUGAUUGGGAACGGAACGGUUUGUCUGGCAGUCUCCAGACAUCGUAAACUGCGCACGCGCACAAACAUUUUUAUCAUUAACCUGUCAUGUGCUGAUAUCGGUGUUGCAAUAAUCUGCAUGCCUUUCUCGUUGUACACGUGCUUGAAUCAUGAAUGGGUGCUGAGUGAUGUUCUGUGCAAGUUAAAUGGUUUCCUUAACAUAGUAUUCUGCAUGAGUUCGCUUUUGACGCUUACAGCGAUAAGUGUAGAAACGUAUUUUGCCAUCUGUAAGCCGCUGUACCACAGACAUAUGAGCCGAAAGUCUUCCAUUGGUCUCUUGUUAUGGACUUGGAUUCAGCCAGUUGUCAUAGCUUGUAUUCCUCUCUUUGGCAUCAUGGAGUAUGAAUUUAAAUCAGGUACAACUCAGUGUGGGGUCCAGUUCCCUACCAAUCAUUCUGAGCAAGUGUUCGCCAUCUUUGUCAUUUUGUUUGGCUUCGUAGUACCGCUUGGCAUCAUGGGUUUUACUUACAGUAAUAUUUUCCGUUCGGCCAGACGUCACACACGGCGCGUCAGUCGUGUCUCGUUUUCAAGCACUUCUAGUACUGGUUCCACCGCGGCCCAUAAGCAAGUAGCGGUUACCGUGCUUAUUUUACUGGUGGUUUUCUUAUUUUGUUGGCUACCAUACUUUUUAUACGCUGCACUAGUCAGCGCCAAAAAUUCCGCCUUGUCAUCUGAUCGCAGAGUGCUGGCGUUAGGAAAGGCUGCCUAUUGGUGCGCUUUCACAAGCAGCGCGCUCAAUCCCUACAUUUACGGCUUCCGUAACCCGCAGUUCAGAAAGGAAUUCCAGUUUCUACUUUGUUUGUUCUGCCCGUGCAUUAGGACCGAUUUGCGCACGCGGGGAUGUAGUACUACAACGGUAAGCAGGGGCUCAUGGGAAGGAUAUGCCGGCUUCGAAUACAAUCAUCUCAAACGUACCAGUUUGUCGUGCCCCAGCCCUAAAGCGAGGCUCUCUGUAGACUUUGCUCAGUUUCCUCCAAAUGGAGCCGCUAAGUUUGAGAUGCUCGCCCUCAAAACUAAACUUUCCAACUGUUCGUCUGAUCCGGGGUAUCGCAGUCAAGAAGACAACCGGGGCUUUGAUGAAGAGACUGGACCGAGUGAGGAGGACGGGGCUGUUGGUGAUAGCAACAACAAUAACAGCUCAUUUGGUGAUGAAAGUCAAAACAAUUUCAUCAGAAUCCUCGGUGAUGACGCAAGUGUUCAAAAUUCCAGUUACGGCCCAGAAGUACCAAUCCUAGGCGCAUAUUCAAAUCAAGUAAGAGUUCUUGAAAGGAAUGCAGAGGAAUUUACGGAAAACCUGUUUCAUGACCAUGAAAAUGAGGUAGAAACCUCACGAUCUGAGACUCAAACCGAGUCUCCUGACAACACCCAGCCAGGAAGGGAAAUGCCUAUGAAUUACAGUUCCACAGAGGAGUUAUUGACUCCCACGAGGCUCAGAGGGUGGAGUCUGAGAACUCUUGGAGCCAGGCUUAAACUCGGUUGGGUUGAAAGCACACUCUAA